AUGAAGAUAAUCUUCCUGCUGUCGAUAUGGGGCUUCUUCACAGUUAUCCUUUUUCGAUGGGCACCCAAGGAGCUUGAUACCUCAGUGGUGACCGUGAUGCCAAAAGAGAUCUUGGAGCAGUACAUGGUCGAAAGUAACGAUGCCGUCAAGAUCACUCUGCAGGGAGCCAUCGAUGAGGGGAAGAGUAGGGAGAAUGUGCCAACGAUUGACGUCCGUGUGGAGUGGCGGGACUCGAGCACGAACCAGACCAUUCACAGCUCGGACAUAUGGAAUGUGUAUCUGCUGAAAGAUCCAGAUGGGUAUGGCGAGUCCUCCAAAAUCUUCAGGAUGUCGGACAAAGAUCGGAAUGAAGUCGAUUUGGUGGUGUUCUUGGAAAGCAAAAGCGAUAGCCCGAUUUCCCUGGUCAUGGUAACCGAUUUCAAGCCCAUUGUUACCAGCUAUGCUCUCCUUUAUGCCGCCCUUUUGCUUGUGGGCUUUUAUGUCCUUAUCGCCCUGGAGCUAACUGAUCACACAUUCGCCGCCCUUCUGAUGGCAAACACUGGGCUCGCGAUAAUUACGGCGUUGGGAAAUCGGCCAUCUCUGUCCACGAUCAUGUCGUGGGUGGACAUCGAGACCCUGACCCUGCUGAUCGGCAUGAUGAUAAUUGUGGGCAUAAUGUCCGAGACGGGGGUCUUCGACUGGCUGGCCAUACUGGCCUACCGCAUUUCGAAGGGGCAUUCGUGGCCGCUGGUCUACCUUCUGGGUAUAAUCACGGCCAUUAUGUCCUGUAUCCUGGACAAUGUGACAAUGCUGCUUCUGAUGGGCCCCAUCGCAAUCCGACUGUGCGAGGCGGUUAAGGUUCAGACACCACUGGUCCUGCUCGUGGUAGUAAUGUACUCGAAUCUCGGUGGAGCUUUGACUCCGGUCGGAGAUCCGCCAAAUGUGAUUAUAUCCACCAACGAGGAGGUAGUGAAGUCCGGCAUCAACUUUCCCGUCUUUGUGAUGCACAUGUUGCCAGGUGUGAUAUGCUCGAUGUUAGUAGCCGCUCCCUUCUUCUAUCUGACCAUGCGAAAUAAGAUGUUCAGGCUGACUCACGAGCAGAUUCGGGCUUCGGCCUACCGGGAGGCGAGUCGCCGCCGGCUGACCGCUGAGGUAGCGGAGCGAGCAACUAUGAUACGGAAUAGUUACAUGCCGAGGAAGGCGCGCAUCAGGCCGGCGGGGAAUUACUUUGAGACUCUGGCGUUUUUGGAAACCCAUUACGGCAUCCAAGAUACGCCGCUACUGGUGAAGUGCCUGAUUGUGUUGACCAUAACAGUGUUGGGAUUCCUGUUGCAUCCCCUGCCCUUCAUGUCGGGCGGUACACUUGGCUGGGUGUCCAUCCUGGGCGCCAUUCUGCUGAUCAUCCUGGCCAGAAGGAAGGACAUCAGGUCGGUGCUCAUUCACGUUGAGUGGGCUGCUUUGAUCUUUCUAGCCGCCCUAUUCAUUCUCGUCGAGAUUGUGGACCGGCUGGGCCUAAUUCAUUGGUUGAGCGACCAGACGGUAUCAGUGAUUGUCAGCGUGAACGAGCGCCAUCAUACGUUGGUGGCCAUUAUCCUUAUCCUUUGGAUAACGGCCAUUCUGGCUUCCAUUGUGGGUAAUGUACCGGUGACCACGAUGAUGCUCAAGCUGAUCCUCGAUUUGGCGAAUAACAAGAAGAUCAAAGUCUCGCUCUCACCACUCGUCUGGUCAUUGACCUACGGAGCCUGCUACGGUGCAAAUGGAACCCUUUUCGGCUCGACUGCCAAUAUAGUUGGAGCAGCCAUUGCCAGGCAAUAUGGCUAUCGUCUCACCUUUCUGCAGUUCUCCCGUUACGGCCUUCCGUUGACGAUCAUCACACUUUUGAUCGUCACGGCCUACCUGUUGAUCGCACAUGUGGUCUUCAGUUGGCACAAAUCAUAG